AUGACCAAGAACAUGUCGGAGAGCUAUUUCUCUUCCUAUGAGACUAUUAAUUUGUCUCAUCUGCUCUCGCGCCUUCAGGCCCACCUUCUCUCUCCGUCCGCAGACCUCAAAUUACUCCGGUCAAAGUACCAUCGCGCGAGAAUGACUGCCCGGCAACUACUCAAAGCGUUAAGACAGAGGAUAGACGAGCUGGCGGUUGAAGCAGAAAUGCUGGUUGAAGACGACGCUUCGUCAUCGGAGGAUGAGGAUAUUCUACCCACCCCCGAGGAGAGUACCCCAGAACGUCGACCAUCGCUGGCAAGGUCUGCUGUCGCGGAUCUCCCAAUUAUAGAAGAUAGAAAGGAGAAGGAACCGCCAGAAACGGCUAAUGAACCUCUAUCGCAAAGCUAUGAACAGCCCAUGGACCCGUGUGCAACUUCCGACGAGCCUCAAAUCACCAGCACUCUUCGCAGCCGACACCCCAAAACAUCCACGGCACCAUCAUCCCACUCAACCGCCAUCCCAACGCUCUCCUCGCCCUCCACGAAGCCCUCCACGACAUCUUUCUGUCCGCCUUCCACCGCCGAUCCCUCUACCAGCAAAAUCCACGACGCCGAAACCGCCCUCACAACCUCUCGUCUCGAACAGGACUCCCUCACCGACUCCCUCCUCUCGCUCGCAAUGCAGCUAAAAGCCUCCUCCCAGACAUUCCACUCACACCUUGAAUCGGAAAAAUCCAUACUCUCACGCGCCACCGAGGGCUUGGAUCGAAAUACCACUGGCAUGGAAGCGGCGGGAAAGAGGAUGGGAGCUUUAAGAAGAAUGACAGAAGGACGGGGCUGGUGGGGACGGGUCCUGAUGUACCUGUGGAUCUUUGGAUUGUGGAUUGUUGCAGUGCUGAUUGUGUUUGUGGGGCCGAAGUUGAGGUUUUAA